UUAUCAAAUUUAAAAAAGCGUCGACGCGGCGCUUUGAUACGCAUAACCUCAUUUGAUAUAUUAUUUUGUUGAUGUUUUUUUUUAUACAAAUGUGUAUAUAUAUAUAUAUAUAUAUGUAGCGAAUAAUUCUUAACUUUUAUAUUCCGCAAUUGUUAAGUGUUUUUCUACUUCGAAAUGUUAUCAUUAGGAUAUUUGUUUUGUUAUGGAGUAUUACUUGUUAUAUUUAUUUCAAUUGUGCUCUGCUUGAUAAUAUACGUGGCGAGUGAGCGGUAUCCCAAAAUCUGGAAACAUGAAAGUGAAAAAUCAUUUUUUAAUUUUCAAACAAAGAGAAGUGAACUAUUCCCUUCGAUACACGAUCAUUGGAGUGUAAACCUUAGCGUCAUUAUUCCCGCAUACAACGAAGAACUUAGAUUGCCGUCAAUGUUGGAUGAAUGUUUGGAAUAUUUGGAAAACUAUGUAAAAUCUGGAUUUACAUAUGAAGUAAUAGUAAUCAGCGAUGGCAGCACAGAUAAGACUGUGGAAGUAGCGCAGUCUUAUGCAUCAAAAUAUACUACUUUAAGAGUGUUAAAUCUUGUUAAAAACAGAGGAAAAGGUGGUGCUGUGAGAUUGGGUAUGCUGAGUGCAAGAGGUAGCGCGUUAUUAUUUGCAGAUGCGGAUGGUGCUACUAAAUUUAAUGAUCUAAAAAAGUUGGAUAAAAGUUUAACAGAUGUUUUGGGAUUUGAUUAUAUAAACAAUCCUGAUGAAACAGCCUCAAGUGACGCAGUGAUAUGUGGAUCGAGAGCACAUUUAGAAAAAGAAGAGAUAGCAAAAAGAUCUUAUUUCCGUUUAUUUCUUAUGCAUGGAUUUCAUUUUUUGGUCUGGCUCUUGUGUGUAAGAGGCAUUAGAGAUACCCAAUGUGGAUUUAAACUUUUAACCAGAAAAUCAGCAAGAACAAUAUUCGAAGCAUUGCAUGUUGAACGUUGGGCUUUCGAUGUAGAAAUGCUUUAUAUUGCGCAAACUCUUAACAUUCCUAUAACUGAGAUAUCAGUAAAUUGGACGGAAAUAGAAGGUUCCAAGAUAGUCCCAUUUUGGAGUUGGUUGCAGAUGGGUAGAGACUUACUCUUGAUUUGGCUGAGGUACAAAAUUGGAGCGUGGAAGAUAAAAAAACAUAAAAUUCUAUAAUAUCAAAGCACAAAGUAAACGUGAAACAUUUCAUUUUUAUAUCUUGGUUUAAGUAAUAAUUCUCUAUAAAUUCGAAUGGUCUCUGAAGUUUGAAGGGCUAAUUUAUUUUUUAAACUAUAAAAAAAUGCGUAUAAAAGAAAUGUGUGUCUGUUAGAUUUUUUAUUAAUAUUCAAGAAGACUCAAAUUGUGAUGGCAGAGACUACUCGCAGUACUUAUUUACAGUACGUUUGAUGUUGUAUUUUUGCAACUUGAUCAUUUAUAGGAAUUUUUGCAACUUCCAGUAACAGUGAUACAAAAUCAUUUAAAAUUUUCUAUGCAUUUUAUGUGUGAUAAAAUACGCCAAAAGUGUCAUAAAAUAUAAAAAUUAUGUACACGAUGACAUCUUGUGUGUUUCAUUAUUCUUAUUACAAUUGAUUGU